AUGAAGAAUGCAGCAAGGGAAGAAGUCUGGAUUAGGUUAUUUUAUGAAAAGCAACCUUUCAAUCUCUGCGGGUACUGCUAUACAAUCGAUCAUAAGGAGCUUGAAUGUGAAACUAUUGCGGCUUAUCUUCUUCAACAGCAAAGAGGAUAUCUCUCUUCAACUUCUAUUCUUGACCCUCCUUCAUGGACAAAUCCAUAUAUGAGAGGAAAUAAAGCUAACGCAAUAGUAUUUCAUCAUGCUACUAGUAUGCAUGUAGAAGUUCCUGCUGUCAAUCCUACUCAAUUUAUGUUGGAAGUUUCAAAAGAUAUGGUUUCUUUAAAAGAGAAAAGUGCAGAUAACAACAUGAGAAGCAUUCCUUUGUCCUCUUUUUCUCCAGUGACUGGGGUUGGCCGUAAUGAACAAGCAAAUUCAGGACUCCAAGUCAUCCAUGGGUUAGGGAAGUGGAUUUGGAUCACAUGUGGAUAUUUAAAAUCUUAUAUUGCUUUAAGAGAUCUGGAUGUUUCUUUUGAUGAUUACAAUGUUGCUAAUGUUGACCCAGACAGUCCUCAUUCAACUAGAGCUUUUUCACAAUCACUUCAAGCACUUCUGGAUCAGUUUGAAAACAAUAUGUCAGGCCAUAAUUCCACUGAUGUUAAUAUAGAAUUAUCAGGAAAUGAGUGUGUUAGUUUGGAUGUUACUACUCCAUCUCCUAACUCAUUCAACUCAUUUCAUGGAUCAGAUCACUGGCUUAUUCUCCUUAUUUCAGAAACUGAUUCAUUUAAGCCUAUAAAUGUUUGGAAGUUUUAUAGAUGUUGGUUUAGAGAUCCACAAUGCUCUGAAGUCAUUGCAAAUUCUUGGGAUUCUUCUUCAGAGGACCUGAAUUUAUCUCAGAAACUUUGUAAUGCUAGGCGCAAACUUUCUAUUUGGAAUAGAGAGUAUUUUGGUAAAAUUGGCUUUCAUAUUAAAUACCUUAAAAAUCAGUUGUCCUUUCUUCAAGAUCAACCAUAUAGUGAGGUGAUCUACCAGAAGAUUCAUCUUACUAUUCAAAGGUUGAAUUACUGGAAGAAGAUGGAAGCAGAUUUUUUGCAACACAAAUCGUGGGAUCGUUGUCUUAAAGAUUCAUAUCGUAACACUGCUUAUUUUCAUUCUUUAGCCAAUAGAAGAAGAUCUAGAAAUCAUAUAUCAUCUCUCAGAGAUAAUCAGGGUCAAUGGUACUAUUCUCAUAAGGAUUUGGAGACUCUUCUUACUAGACAUUUUUCUUCUAUUGAUAAGUCUACAAAUCCCCAGUUUAAUCAUAAUUAUUUUGAUAUAAUCUCACCAAUUAUAUCUCAAGAGGAAAAUGAAUCAUUAAUUUCCAUACCUUCUGAAGAGGAAAUUUUUAAUGUUCUCAAAGAGAUGCCGGGUUGGAACUCUCCGGGUCCAGAUGGAUUCACUGCUGGCUUAUUUUUAUCACAAUGGCAGACGGCUGGUAGAGAUGUCGUUAACUUGGUGCAGCAAUUAUUUAUUAGCAAACAAAUGCCGCAUAACAUAAACAACACUGUUACUUUUUUAAUUCCUAAAACUCUUCAUCCUUCGACUCCCUAUGAUUACAUGCCAAUUGGUGUGUGUAAUAUAUUUUAUAAGAUAAUUUCAAAGCUCGUUGUAACAAGAAUUAAGCCACCGAUGGAGAAAAUAAUUUUCCCAACUCAAGCAUCAUAUGUCCCUAGGAGAUACAUUAAUGAUAACAUCGUUAUGGCUCAUGAAUUAAUUCACUCCAUGAAGGAGUCAAAAAAGAAGAUGGGAUUGGUGGCUCUAAAAUUAGAUAUGUUGAAAGCUUUCGACAAGGUAGAAUGGUGUUUUAUUGAUAAGAUGCCUUCCUCUCUAGGUUUUUGUGAAGACUUGCGCACUAUUAUUUUCCAGUGUAUUUCCACUACUACAGUGUCGAUUAGACUGAAUGGUAGCAUUUGCCAGUCUUAUAUGCCAUCUAGAGGACUGCGACAAGGGGAUCCAUUAUCCCCUUAUCUUUUCAUCAUCUCUAUGGAAUAUCUAGCUAGAUCAUUGAUGCAUGCAGAAGCUAACAGUUUACUCUGUGCUGAUAAACUUUUCGAAGUCUUCAGCUUUCGUCACAUGAGAUUAUCGGAAGAUGCUAAGUUAGAUAUCAGGAAUAAACUUGGAGUCAAGCAACUUAGUUCAACUGAUAAAUACCUGGGCUUGCCUAUCCUUUUAGGUGAAUCGAAAUCAAGUUCUUUCAAAUCUAUUCAGGACUCUAAAACACUUAAUCAAGCUGCUAGAUCAACAUUAGUGAAGUCAGUUCUCAAUUCCAUCCCUACUGAUUAUAUGAGUAACUUUAGAUUGCCGAAAAAUGUCAUCCAUAAAUUAGACUCUGUCCAAAGAAAAUUUUGGUGGGGUCAUAAGUCAAAUCAUGGUUUAAACAUAGUGGCAUGGAAUUCUCCAUGUGCACCCUUAGAUGAUGGAGAUACUUCUGAUGAAGCUCAACUAAGGAAUUCAGAUACACCGAAUGUUAACUGGAGGAAACUGUGGAAAUCAAAUGCUCCUCACAAGGUUAAGCUUUUUAUUUGGAAAUGUCUGAAAUCAAUUAUGCCUACUAUAGUAAAGCUUAAUGAGUAUAAUAGUAAUAUAGAUACUACUUGUCCUAUAUGCUCUCAAGCUGAAGAAUCUUUGCAUCACUUGUUAGUUCAAUGUGAUCAUUCAAGAUCAAUAUGGUUGGCUUUGAAUAUCAAUACUGCAUCUCUGCAAAGCCAAAAUAUUGAUAUUGUGACCUGGAUAGCUAGCUAG